AUGAGCGUCUUACGAUUGCAGGUUCUAAAAGUAUUCAAGAAAUUGCAUAGAACUAGGAUGAGAGUGUUUGAAGGGGAUGAGAGAGCUCUAACUGCAGCCAGACAAAAGAUUAAUGAAGGAUUCGUCAAAAAUAAAGAGGUUCAUAAGGAGGAAGCUAUCCAAGAGUUGAUAAAAUUUGGAGAAGACAUUGAAAGAGAAUUAAGGACCCAAGUUAUACAAGCAAGAGAAGUGAAACCAGGAGUGUUUGAAGCUAGAAUAAGAGAAGAUACUGUCAAAUUGGAUAACAUCCCCUAUGAUGACAAUGCCAUACCAGAAGAUGGUGUAAAAGGAAAAAAUCAAUGUUGUCAAUCGGUUAAAAAAUAA